UGUGUCCAGUAGCGAGGUGUUUUACAAUGGGUGAAAUUACUAAAAAUCCGAUGAUUGAUUUGAACGGUGUAUCAGCAAGAUUGAAAGAGUUAGAAGAACAAACUGGAUGUCCAAUCAAACAGAUAAAUGGACAGCGGAUUUUUGGGCCACCUCACGACUGGGGAGACGAAAAACCGCCCCGUGGAUCAGAAAUUUUUGUUGGGAGAUUGCCACGCGACAUGUUUGAAGACAAUCUCUAUCCCAUAUUUUCAACCUACGGUCGUCUAUACACAAUGAGACUCAUGCUCGAAUUUUCGGGAGUAAAUAGGGGAUUCGCUUUCGUCACAUACUCGAAUCCAGAAGAAGCAAAAGUAGCGGUGGAAAAAUUGAAUAGAUUUGAAAUAAUACCCAAUCAUACAAUACUGGCGUUCAUUUCAAUUGAUAACUGCAGACUAUUUGUGGCGAACAUACCGUGUACUAAAACUAUCAAGGACAUCUUAGUCCUCUUCAGAAGGAUCAUGCGCGGUCUCGUAUCAGUCAUUCUAUGCCCGAAUUCCAAGAAAGGAAGGAAUAAUAGAGGAUUUGCAUUUUUAGAAUUUGACUGCCACAAAAAUGCCCUGGAAGCACGUAAAAGAUUUUGGCCGUACAAUUUGAAACUUUGGAACAGAAAGUUAUUUGUGGAUUGGGCCAUUCCCCAUCAUCUUAAAUCGCAGUGUAAACAACUUUUGCUGAAAGGACUUAAUACGAAAACUACCAGCGAAGCUUUGGCUAAUGCUAUUUAUGCGAGAUUAAAUAAAGUAACACUUUUGGGUUUAAAAAUUCGGGGCGCCGAAGCUGUCAUCACUUUUAAAACGAGAAGUAACGCCACUGAAGCCUAUCAAAAACUAAGGGGAUUAUCAAUUGGUGGUGCUCCUUUAAGUGUUCUUUAUAAGUUUCCCGAAGAAGAACCGAUCAAUAAUGGCGAAGAAUCUGACAUACCCUUGACGUGCUGUGUACAGGCUCUUUCUGAACCUUGUAAUAAUAAAAAUCCCCAAAAUUCCUUACAAUUAUUUAAACAACCACAAAACCGCCCAAAUUGGCUACCCACAUACUCCCCCUUUCAGCAGACUCUUUACAAUUACAAUAAUAAUUCUUAUUAUUCCACUUUCCAGUCCAAGUCAUGGCCACCCAAUUACGGGAUAACCCCACAAACCCUAUAUUACCCAUCAAUACCAGGUACCCCAUAUCUGUAUAACCAAAAUCAGUAUGCAUGUCAACAACCGUGGUAUUCUAACAUAAGAGUUCUGCAAUCCCAUUCUUCCCCGUCUCAAUUUUGGUAUCCCAGUAACCAUCCCAACAUUCUGGCUUUGCCGUCAACCAGAACCAAUACAGCUAACGUUUCCAACAAAAAAUUAUCAACUUCUACGUCAGAGGUAAAUCAUUUCACUGUUGCCAAAGUUGCCGAAGAAAUGCAGAAAAGUUUAAAACUAUAUCCUAACGAUCAAAAUUUGCUUGCAAAUGAGGAAGAGACCGAUCCAGAAGAUGAAAAUUUUUCCCAAAACUCCUCAUUUGCGUAACUCAUUUUUGUUGAAACAUAAAACAUAAGAACUUGAUUGAUUUUAAUAAUUUGUAUUACCUACCAUAUGUUACGAAAUUAAUUUUCUU